AAAAUCGUAAACAUUGGAAGGCUAUAACUUCCAAAAUAAUGGAUUACAUACAUUGUAUUAAACAUUUCAAUAAUGCAUCAAAAAAUGGUUAUCGAUCACGGUUUGAGAUAGAAGUCUAGAAAUAUUAAGGUGUAAUAAUCUAAGACCGUGAGGUGUAUCACGCAAAUUUACGUAGAUUUACCUUACCCGUAAAAUUUACCAGGGAAAUUUACUAGGCUCCCAUCUCUUAAUUCAUGCAAUUAAUACACCUUGGAUGCAAGCGAUAAACACCACUAUAAGCGAUAAGAGUCACCGAUGAGUUAUCAGUGAUAACGAAAAUCUCAUUCGAGUAUUUGACCGCAUUGUGAAUUUGUGAAAAUUACAGUCCAAAAAUCCUGAAUUUUGACCAAAUCUAUUUACAUAAAUAUUAGUUUUGAAGUCAAUUAUAUAAAAUGAAAGGUCUUUUGGCACUGAAGAAGAUUCAACAUCGGCUGUACACAGAGUUCGACACCUUUUGCCACAUGAUACUCGGACAUACACCUCCACCUGCUCUUUCUUUUGCAAGUCCAGCAGAAACGCUCAAACCGUCCACCCCAGCUCUGACAAAUGUUCAACGGCUAUUUGGUGAUUCUAUUCUUUGGGCUGUACCCAAACAUAGGCGUACAAUUGAGAAAAGACUAAAACGCAAAUUUGGCUGUAUUGAUGAUUUUUACAAAAUGCUCUUACCUCGCACAGAUUUACUUACAUGUAACCAAUGUGGUCAUAGUUAUCAGAAACGUCAUUUGUGUCCAAAUUGUUACAAGAGGGUUAAGGAUGAAACUACAGAGUUUCAAGAAGUCAUUGAAAAAGAAUUGGGAUUAGAACCCAUUGAACAUGAAGUAGUGGUUCUUUAUAAAGGAGAGAGAACCAAACAACCAGUAGAAGAACUUUGGAAAGGUAAAAGAAUCAUUGAAUUAAAAAGAGAAAAACCGUCUUGGUUCAGUAGAAACUUAUUACAAAGGACCACUAUUGGCAACUCUGAUUCAAAAGACGUACAACCAUCAGAAUUAGCUUAAGCCAGUUUUUCUUUUUAGUAUAAAAUGUGUUGCAAUUUUAUUAAUUUCCAUUCACCUUGAUCAAUAUUUCAAUUUAAUCAAGUAGAAUUUGUUACAAUUAUAAAAAUUAACAAAA